AUGCUCUUCUUCUUUCACUCUCUGAUCGGUUAUAAGUUGAUAACUCUUGCAACUACAAUUCCAUGGCGGUGUCUCCUCUUCUCUGGACUCUCUUCCUCUUCUCGGUUAUCUUCUCGAUCCAAUCAUACAGUGAAGAAGAAGAAGAUACACCGAUCACGCGGUUCCAGCAAUACUUAAGAUUCAACACCGCUCAUCCAAACCCUAACUACACAGCACCAAUCUCUUUUCUUCUUGAUCAAGCUAGAUCCAUUGGUCUCACUUCUCGAACCAUCGAGUUUGUUCAUGGUAAGCCAGUUCUUCUCCUCACAUGGCUAGGCUCAAACCUUAACCUUCCUUCAAUUCUCUUCAACUCUCAUCUCGAUUCUGUUCCCGCGGAAUCCGAGAAAUGGAUACAUCCACCGUUCUCAGCUCAGAGAACAGUGGAUGGUCAUAUCUACGCUCGUGGCGCGCAAGAUGACAAGUGUAUUGGAGUUCAGUAUCUAGAAGCAAUCAGGAACUUGAAAUCAAGAGGCUUCGUUCCUCUUCGUACGAUCCAUAUCUCUUACGUUCCUGAAGAAGAGAUCGGUGGAUUCGAUGGGAUGAUGAAAUUUGCGGCGUCUUUGGAGUUUAGGGAGUUGAAUUUGGGAUUUGUUAUGGAUGAAGGACAAGCGAGUCCGGGAGAUGAGUUUAGGGUGUUUUACGCUGAACGGACUCCAUGGCAUCUCGUUAUUCGAGCUGAGGGGAUUCCAGGGCAUGGUGCUAAGCUUUAUGAUAAUUCAGCUAUGGAGAAUUUGAUGAAGAGUGUUGAGUUGAUCUCUAAGUUUAGGGAGACGCAAUUUGAUUUGGUCAAGGCGGGGAAAGCUGCGAAUUCGGAGGUUAUCUCUGUUAAUCCAGCUUAUCUUAAAGCUGGAACUCCCUCCACUACCGGAUUUGUGAUGAAUAUGCAACCUUCAGAGGCAGAAGUUGGGUAUGAUAUAAGGUUGCCUCCAAUGGCAGAUCCUGUUGCUAUGAAGAAAAGGAUUGCUGAGGAAUGGGCUCCUUCUAUUAGGAACAUGACCUACACGAUAGAAGAGAAAGGAAAGUUAGCAGAUCAGUUAGGGCGACCGAUAAUGACUCUAACAAAUGGUUCUAAUCCUUGGUGGUCUAUCUUCAAGCAAGCUAUUGAAGCAACUGGAGGAAAACUUGCAAAACCUGAAAUUUUGAUUUCAAGUACAGAUUCACGCUUUAUUCGCACUUUAGGAAUUCCAGUUCUAGGUUUCUCUCCAAUGAUCAAUACUCCUAUCUUAGUGCAUGAUCAUAACGAGUUUCUUAAAGAUACAGUGUUCAUGAAAGGAAUAGGAGUAUAUGAAUCAGUUAUCAGCGCUCUAAGUUCCUUUGAGGGAAUAUCUGAUCAAGUGAUUUGAAGGUAACAUCUGCUUGAAGAUUGUUCAAGCUAAGGCUCACAUUUGCUUUGACCAAGAUGUGUAAUAGAUGUUUCAUAAGUAUUGUUAUUGACAUUCACUCUAGCCUUGUGACCUUAAAUGGCUGCUAAUAACCCUUUGUAAAUGUCAGAUAUUUGAUUUGUGUAGAAUUCUCAAACUUUGAAAAGAAAUGUCAUUGGUGAUUGAAGCAUGA